CCGCUUCACCUACCCAUCGGCUACUCAGUCGAAAAGUGUCCAGAGUGUCGAUACGGUGCCACGUGGCAGUGCCAGCAGUUGUGUGUUGUUUGUUUGGACCGAACGGGAUUCGGGAUCGGGGCAGCUAGAGCGCUAGCCUGCCAUACGUCCGCUCGACAAUGACGCUCGUUUGGGAACGGAUGUACGAUGUGUACCACGAGUACAUAGUGGAACGGCGCGACAUGCGCAGCGUGAAUCUACCGCUGGCCGGAACGCCCUGGCCGCUGAUGCUGGUGCUCGGGACGUACCUGUUUGUGGUGCUGCACGCCGGACCCAAGUUUAUGGCGCAGCGCAAAGCGUACGAUCUGCGCAAAGUGAUCCGUGUGUACAACAUCGCCCAAGUGUUGAUCAACAGUGUCCUGUUUCUGUGGAUCGUCAUUAAGAUGUUUAUCGUGUACCGGGACUACAACUUCUCCUGCCAGGUGUGCAACUACUCCACCGACUACCGGGGGCUGGAGGAGAUGUAUCUGAGCUACAGCUACUUCCUGCUGAAGGUGCUCGACCUCGCCGACACCGUGUUCUUCGUGCUGCGCAAGAAGCAGUCGCACGUGUCCUUUCUGCACGUGUACCACCACACGGUGAUGGUGAUCGGGUCGUACUUUGGCGUGCUGUACGUCCCGGGCGGGCACGCGAUCAUGCUCGGCAUCUGGAACACGCUCGUGCACGCGGUCAUGUACCUGUACUACUUCCUGUCGUCGUACGGCUCCCAGUACAGUGGCUGGUGGAAGCAGCACCUGACGCGCAUGCAGCUGCUCCAGUUCAUUCACCUCGCGUUCCACUUUGGCAUACCGCUGUUCUUCAAUCGCGAGUGCAAGUUUCCGCGGUUCUGGAUGGGGGUCGGGUUCCUGCAGGCCCUCGUCAUCCUCGCCCUCUUUAUGGACUUUUACAUUAAGUCUUACAUCGUGAAGCGGAAAAAGCAGUAACCCCCCCCCCCACCCGCCCGCACAGCAAGUCCAUUGACAUCGGGCUUUCUCUUCACUCGCCUCCCAUCCCUCGUUUCGUUGGCCGCAUAGGGCACAGGGACGAGGCGUCCGUAAAACACUCCGUAAGAAUAGCUAAUGCACGAACGAAGCAGCAGAACGAAUCAAACGUACAAAUUUAAGUUGUGAAAGUGUGUAUGUGUGUGUGUGUAACCGAUAAAGCAAUAAAAUCGACUGAUAUCAACGACAGAGCAGAGCGCAAAAAAGGGAAACGAUCGAUCGACCGAUCGUAUCGUCGUUUCAAUGUCAGCUUUUUGUAGGCAAAGCUAAA